UGUUAGAUAGACAAUGUGUAAAAUUGUGUUUGUGUUAUUAGUGGCAAGCGUUGCGGCGUUUCCAGAGCAGGGAAGGAUAGCUGGCGGAUCACUCGCCACCCUCGCUCAGCACCCGUAUACAGCUGCUGUUCUGUACGCACAAAACAAUGUGAAUUUCCGGCAAACCUGUGGAGGAGCCAUUAUAAACAACCGAUCCAUCCUUUCAGCUACUUAUUGUUUCAUUGGCAAUAAUAUUUUUCCAAAUAACUUCCGUGUUCGAGUUGGCUCAAUAAACGCAAACUCUACUGGCGUCCUCCACAAUGUGGCUCAAAUGAUAGCCCAUCCGAAUUAUAAUUCAUGGAACCAGGACAACAACAUCGGCAUACUAAGAUUAUCCACAAUAAUUACAUUAGGAGCCAACGUACGACCUCUGGCUAUCGCCGGACCUAAUUACAACCUGGCUGACUACCAACAUGUUUGGGCUAUCGGAUGGGGCCGCACAACUGCGACUUCAGUAACUUCUGAGCAACUCCGCCAGGUCGAGAUCAUGACAGUAAACCAAGGCAGAUGUCAAGAUAUCUACGGCGUCAGUUUCGUGACGCCUAACAUGCUGUGCGCUGGCUGGCCGACUGGAGGCCGUGGUUCAUGUGUCGCCGAUACCGGAUCGCCUCUUCUUCAUAACAGAGUAGCAGUUGGCGUCACAUCUUUCACUAUAGGCUGUGGAGACGCGAACUACCCAGCUAUCUACUCCAGAGUUUCCAGAUACACUGCCUGGAUUCAAGCUAAUGCUUAG